AUGUCAUUGAACAUGUUGGAACCAAGAAAGGAUGAGAUUACAGGAUAUACCAAUGCAAUGAUAUCAAACACAGGUGUUAUGUUGACUACUGCCUAUGCAAUGCACUCUCUGAAUAGUAGUAGUGCCUUUACUAACGUUAGUACUCACAACAAUUACUAUUUCUUCAUCUUCAAUACUCAAACUACAUCAUUAUAUAUUUCUAUCACAACAUAUACUAUCUUUUCAUCUUUCAUUGUUACUCAUACACUCUCAUCCUUAUCAGUAGCUAUUUUAUUUCUUUUGAUUCAUUCUCCUUCACUUUAUCCAUCUAUAUUAUUCUUUGCUGCUUUCAUAAUGUCGCAUCAACAACACCCACUUUUCACUUGUUGGGUAGAGUUUAGUAACAAGAAAGACGAACUCACCUUCGAGAACACCGCCAACUAUAAUCGUCUCAUCCAUGUCAUCAGAGGUUCCAAACAACUCGCUGUAGGUGACGGUUCUAUCGAUUUGUUCUCUGAUGCAGCCAAGACCAUUCAACUUGAUGUUGAGACUCCAGUCGAUAGGAAUCUUCAGCGAAUCUAUGUCGCUACCACUCAACCACAGCAAGAUAAGUUAUUAACAAUCAACACUUUCUCUGGACAUAUUCCACAACAUCUACAAUCACCAUCAUUGCACGCAUAUCUGACAUUAUUUAAAGCGAUUCAUCAUCAUCAAAAACAAUACCAACCAGAACUAUAUUAUCCAUCUCUUAUCAAUCAUCACAGACUUUCACUUUCCCCCAAGAAGAAAUCUUUUGCAUUCUCUGAUAUCACCCAAGCCAAAUGGGAGUCCAUAAUUGAUUUUACUGGUAUCAACUUCAAGGAGGAAGUUAUUCGUGUCAGCCCCGACAAACUUCAACAAGAGGAAAUAGAACCUUUCGUUUGGAAUCCCAACCUGAAUGAAGUAGAUCAAAUGGGGCCAGCUCUACAAUGGCUUAAAACCAAUAUUCCACUUCCUGCAUCACUUGAAACACCUCUCAUUUCUUCCAUUUGGACUGAAGGGUACACCAGACUUUGUAGUCGCUCCUCAAGGGAUCAAACACUUUCUGACUCAGCUGUACUUGGUCUUUGA